CUUUUUUUUGUCACUAGUGCGGUCAGGUGCGUGUGUGUCGCGGUGAAAAUAGUGCAAAUAUCCCGCAAAAUACCCUGGAAAAAAACACGUAAAAAACAGGAACCAUGUAUCGAUUGCUAGUGCAGAAGACGUUCCUCAACGGAUCGAAGCGACAAAAUGCCCAACUGCUUCGAAGUCUUAGCACUAGAGGAACCUCCAACAUCCCACAGUUCCGCGAAGCCGGUUUCGGUAAAGUGCUGUUUGUGCUGUCGCCGUUUCUCGUUGGCGGUGGAGUAGUGACGUAUGCCAAAUACGACAAUGAGUUCAGGAAAACGCUCAUCACCAACGUUCCAGCUUUGGAACCAGUACUAAAGGUGCUCCUGCAGGAGGAAAACCCAUUGGCAGAGGUGUCGAAGAAAUUGGAUGAAAUUUCCAGCUCCAUCAGUGGUUACACCUCCACCGUUACCGGCUUCUUCACGGGUGGCAAGGAAGAGGAGAAGACGACAGAAAAGAAGGUUGAUUUACCACCGGUCACUCGUUCGAAAUCGGUCCAUGUACCUGUUCCAUCUCCUCCGCUUUUUAAACCGGAACCUACUACAGAGAAGGUCAAAGCUUCAGAAGCUGUUGCCGUUGCUACAACGAAGCCAGCUGCUGCCGCUCCUAUUUCCGCUCCAACCCCGAAACCUGCGCCAGCAAAGGUAGCGGCACCGGCAGUUUCAAAACCAGUUGCCUCUAAAACUGCUGAAGAAGUACCUAGAUCGAUCAGUGACCUAGAGCGCCAGAUCGAUGUGGCAGCUGCAACGGCCAUCAAGGAAUACGGAAAGGCCGUACAGGUGCUGAAAGAGUACACCAAUGAAGUCAAAAAGGUGGUCGAUGAGUCCGUCGACAAGCUCGAUACUUCAAGUUGGGUGCUGUUGCGUAAUCGAACCAGCGCAAGAGAUACUGCUCUAAAAGCAGCAGAGGAUGCCGCCGACGAUGCCCGCGAGAAUAUCGAAAAGCUACAUCGCUUGUUGGAUAGUCGAGAGAUCAAAUGUUCCGAUGAACUGAAGGGAAAGGCUCGUGAGAACAUCGCCGCCUAUCUGGAACACCUGAAGAAAGCUAAAGAGGAUGUGUACAAGGCACGAAACCUCGCCAACUUAGGAGAAAAAUACUGGAAGAAGGUCGAAGCGGCGCGAAACUUCUUCAUCGAUGAAAUCCAGUCCCUUUUCCCGGGCAUAAACCUGGCAGAGAAGAAGAUGGACAUGUCGAAGGAAGAUUUGGAUUUGUUCAUCAUACAUGCCUUCACUCAGGUGGUAGCUCAUCAAAAGGAACUGCAAAAGCUGCAAAUCGAGGGAGACCAACAGUUGAAGCGUGCUCUUGAAGCGGUGCGGGGCACCGAUCAGAGCGAAGCUGUCAAGGCCCAGUUGGAGUAUGAGACUGCUAAGGAAAGACGGGAAUUGAACCUGCAGAACCAAAAGAAGCUUCUUGCUAUUCGAGCGGACCUGGAGCGCAACCUGCGCAACCAGAUGAAGCGUCAGUCGGAGGCGCACACUGACCACCUCACCGAUGCCCUCGCCCAAAAGGAAGUUGAAAUGAAGCGAAAGUUCCAACGUGAGUUGGACGAGAAGAUAACCACGGAGCAAGCAGCCUACAAACUGCAGCUGGCUGCCAUGCUCGGCAAACUCAAAGGAAUGGAUGCCGCCCUGAAAGGACGCGCAGAUGCCGAAAAGAGCGCACACCAGGCACAAGCCCUCUGGGGAGCUUGCCAGUCGCUGUGGUCUUCGAUUCGUAGUGGUCAACCGGGAAAAUCUUGGCGCGAACAGCUGCGACCUCUGAAGGAUGAAAUCAGUGCUGUAGCACGUGCUGCCGAAGGUGACGAAUUGGUCGGUGUAGUGCUCACAGCACUUCCGGAAGCAGCAAAGAAUCGUGGCGUGUAUCCAGAGGAUGCCUUGCGAGAGCGUUUCAUUAAAGUGGAACAAGUAUCCCGUCGGCUGGCUCUGGUUCCAGCUGAAGGUGCACGUCUGCCGAUGUACUUCCUAUCGUUCCUGCAGGGUGCUCUGAUUGCCAAACCAGAUGUUCCGAUUUCCAAAGACGAACUGGAAAACAAGCCAUUCGAUUUCAGCAAGCUAGACACGUACGAUAUUCUGAACCGUGCCCGCUACUGGUUGGAUCGGGGAGAUCUGGUCAAGACGGUGCAGUACAUGAACCUACUGCAGGGUGCUUCAAGAAAGGCCGCCAUGGAUUGGCUAAACGAAGCUCGUUUGCUGUUGGAAACACAACAAGCUGCCAGCACUCUAAUGGCUCAUGCAGCCUCCAGUGGUGUUCGUUUUCUCUAAAAAAAAAGCCAUCCUUUGUGUUAUUCUAAGUGUCCACACCCAACCAACACCGUUUCCAGUUCGUGUUGUCGUAAGAAUGUAAAGUCUAUCAAAAAACCUCGACCCGGUAAGUGACCGCGAAGUCAACGAUUAUGUUUUAAUUUUUCAACGUUUAACGACAUUUAGCUGUUGAAGUUCUCCAUUCUGUGUAGUCAGAAUGGAGCACAAAUUCAAGUAUUGCGCACCGAAAUUUGAAAGUGUUUAUUGGCAUUUCGAGCAAACGAAACGUAUAAGGAACAGCAGAUAAAAAUGGCUUAUUUAGUUUGGUGCUUCUCUGUAGCGAAGAGAGUUCUUGGUGAAAACCGUUAGAUUUGGUAAAACAACAGAUGUCCAGAUGAAAUCAACUGAAAGCAAUUAAUUUCAAAAUUUAGAAAGGAAAAAUGUACUCUAAGGCAGUUUAAGUUAAUACACAACCAUAAAUCGAAA